AUGUACAGAAGAGAGGACCUCAUGCAGAUUUCAAUUUGGUUUUGGGGUUUCUUUCUUUCUCUUUUAUUUUUGCAUGUUGGCAAAGCAGCGAAGCGGUUCAAAAAAACGCACCUGACGGCCGAGGACUGCGAAGAUCUCGCGCGGAGCGCGGAAGGUUCAUCCUCCCUGACGCAGCCGUUGAGUCAAAGACAAAGUAGAGGAGAUGUGAACAGGGGCCUCCAUCCCACCCACCGGACAAGGAGACGUCGAGGAGGCCAAGGUCAGCAGAGGAACAUCACCGAUUACUUCAGGAUCUCUCAAACACAAGUAGUUGCCGGUGGGAUGAAGAACAGAAGAAUCAAAGAAGAGCCACUGGAUCCUUUCUUCAUUGAAUCUGAUGAUUCCUUCAGCAGUGUCUCCACUGCGAUGGAGACCAGUGGUGAUUCCUGUUUCUUUCUGGAGGAUGAGGACCUCGUACCAGCUCCUGGGGAAAGCUCCAGAAAACGGCCUGUGUCUGCUGCAGCGGCAAGGAUUCACAAGGCAGAGCACGAUUUGUGGGGCGAGCUUGAGGAGAAGCCAGUGGUGGUUCAUCCAGAACACAGCCAGAUCAAGCAGGAACACAGCCAGAUCAAGCAGGAACUCGAUGAUAUGGAAAUCGAGCCAGUCCCUGAUGUGCAUUACGGACUCCUGGGCACUCGGAACUGGGAAGUGCCUCAGGGAAGUAUUGACGAGCUGCCCGUUGAAGUCCUUAGGAACAUCUUUGCUUUCCUGCCAGUGACUGAUCUGUAUCAGAACCUGAGCCUGGUGUGUCGCUGCUGGAGGGAAAUAGUCAGUGACCCACUGUUCAUUCCUUGGAAAAAGCUCUACCAUCGGUACCUGAUGAAGGAGGACAUGGCCCUGCGCAAAGUUGAACAGAUCUUGCAGGAUUUCGCCAUAACAAAGGAGCAGGAAGGGUGUGUGUUGGGGCUGAUCAGGUGAAUGGCUGCCAUACCCACCAGCCGGAAGGUAGAUCACAGCGCGGUUCUCCAGUGUUUGAGGAGUCAUCACCUCUUCUCAAAGGCUGAAGUCUGCGUCGCCAACAAGCUGCCACACUUACAGAGCAGGACAGGGGUAGGUUUAACAGCUAUUAACAGUGAUGGUUUCUCUUUUAUCCUUUCCACCAGGAUCCACUACAAUAUUUUCUACUGCUUGUAUCUGAUGGAGAAUUCUUCUGUCGCUGUGCAGACAGUAGAAGAGGAGACAGUGGCAUCGCGCUGCAGACAAGACUUAUGGUCUGGUAGCUGGCCUGAAUUAAAGCUGACCCAUGAACAGCAGAGAAUUUUGAAUCACAAAAUUGAGCAUGGUCAAAUAGUGAAAAUUAUGGCAUUUGCAGGUACAGGAAAGACCUCCACCUUGGUCAAGUAUGCGGAGAAGUUUGCCGAUCUGAAUUUCCUUUAUGUGACGUUUAACAAAGCUGUCGCAGAGAGGGGGAAAAGCGUCUUCCCCAGAAACGUGACGUGCAAGACUUUCCAUUCGUUAGCUUUUGGAAGUGUCGGCAAACACUAUAAAGAAAAAGGCAAGCUGAACUUCUCCAAACUGUCGGUUUACUCCGUGAGUUCCCUUAUCCGGAACCGCAAGGGGCAAUCGCUGUUCAUAAGAGGGAAAACGGUCUCGCAGACCCUUGAAAACUUCUUUGCUUCUUCAGAUGAAGAGAUCUGUGAAGAGCAUACUCCUAUUUGGUUCAAAGAUACUCACGGCCAGAGAAAACUCGUCAGUCAAGCAGAAAAGGAAAUCAGUGUGGAAGAGGCAAAAGAGAUAUGGCGCAACAUGAAGAAGCUGGAUGGGGAUGUAGAGAAGAAAUACAAGAUAACUUGUGAUGGGUAUUUGAAACUUUGGCAGCUCAGCAAGCCUCAGCUCUCAGGAUAUGAUGCCAUUUUUGUCGAUGAAGCACAGGACUGCACGCCAGCCAUCGUGGAUAUUGUGCUGUCACAGACAUGCGGCAUAAUCCUCGUGGGAGACCCUCACCAGCAGAUCUAUACCUUCCGUGGCGCUGUCAAUACCCUCUACUCAGUGCCUCACACACAUGUCUACUACCUCACCCAGAGUUUCAGAUUUGGUCCUGAAAUAGCUUACGUUGGAGCAACCAUCCUGGAUGUCUGCAAGAGGAUCAGGAAUAAGACGUUAGUGGGUGGAAACCAAAAAGGUGAUGUGAGAGGCGGCAUGGGAGGGAAGAUAACAGUCUUAUCACGAAGCAAUUUUAAUGUGUUCGAGGAUGCUGUGAAACUUACUGGAAGAGAGAGGCCAAUUAAAAUACACGUGAUCGGGGGCCUUGCCCGUUUCGGCCUGAGCAGAAUUUAUGAUAUUUGGAAACUCAGUCAACCCGCAGAUGAACGGAAAAAAGCAAACCUUGUUAUAAAUGACUCCUUUAUCAAAAAAUGGGAAGAAACUGAAGGUUUCUUCGGUUUAAGGGAAUAUGCAGAGCGCAUCGACGACAAAGAGCUGGAAGUGAAGAUUGAGAUAGUGGAGAAAUACAAAGAGCGGAUCCCUGAGCUGGUGCAGAAGAUCGAGAGGAGCCACGUGUCACAGCAAGCUGUGGCAGAUUACCUGAUAGGGACUGUCCACCAAGCCAAAGGCCUGGAGUUCGACACGGUGCUGGUUGCGGAUGACUUUGUGAAAGUGCCACGUCUCGGUGGCGAUUACCAGAGAAGAACGAACUUCAGUAUCGGCAUGUAUCCAGAGGAUGAAUGGAACCUGCUCUAUGUAGCAGUGACACGUGCAAAGAAGUAUUUGCUGAUGUCAGAGUCCCUGGAACACCUUUUAACGUUGGCUGGGGAGCAUUUCCUCCGGGUGGAGCUGAUGAGCGAGGCUGCGAAGGACGGGGCCGCUGCUGUUUGUUCCGUAUCACGGUGCUCGAAAACACUGCAGUCGGACUCCAGGCUGGUCGUGAAGAAGCUCCCUCUGACUCACAGCAACGGCAGCAGGGAUGCAGGUGGCUACCUUUGCCACGCUUGCACGCAGUGGCACUUCGGCUCUCUGACACCACUGAUCUUCCCAGCGCUCCAGGAACAGCCCAUCCAGCUCUAA